UAAGAGUAACUGGGGUUUUUUAUAGGAUAUGAAGAGUUAAAGGAAUAGUGAGGAAGGUAAAGUAUUAUUAUUAUUGUUGUUGUUGUUGUUAUUAAUGUUAUUAUAAAGCAGGGCAGGGAUAAGGUGUGCGUGUGUAGGUAUGUAUGUGUCGGGAUAAAGGUGGGAGAAUGGGUGAUUUAGUCUGUAAACCUAUUUUCUGAUCCACACUCCGGAGCAGAAGGUGGCGGUAAUGCACCAAUACGCUGGAUGCCAACCGCCGUAAAAAUAUAAGAAGAAGAAGAAGAAGAAGAGAAAAGGCGUCAUCGGUCUCCUAGCAGCGGUGUGUGAGUGGGAGAGUUUUAAAUCGUUUCCAGGACGCCAGGUAAGUGUGUUUACGUCUCUCCAUCUGUACUGGACAUACCAUCAAUCAUAUGAAUGAAUUCAAAAUCACAUUUUAACCAAGAAGCAGACAACAUGCAACUUGAGCAGAGCCGGAGGAGAAAAAAGCGUCCCAUCCAAAUAGGCAAAUGGGGCUUUUUGACAAGCUUGCAGGGUGGCUGGGCCUGAAGAAGAAGGAAGUGAACGUGUUGUGUUUAGGUCUGGACAACAGUGGAAAAACUACCAUCAUCAACCAGCUAAAGCCAUCCAAUGCUCAGGCUCAAGACAUUGUACCAACUAUAGGUUUCAGCAUAGAAAAGUUUAAGACCUCAAGUCUUUCUUUCACAGUGUUUGACAUGUCAGGGCAGGGAAGAUACAGAAAUCUGUGGGAGCACUAUUACAAGGAGGGUCAGGCCAUCAUAUUUGUGAUUGACAGUGGUGAUAAACUAAGAAUGGUUGUGGCAAAAGAAGAAUUGGAUACCCUUUUGAAUCACCCUGAUAUUAAGCACAGAAGGAUACCUAUACUCUUUUUUGCUAACAAGAUGGACCUCAAGGAUGCAUUGUCAGCAGUAAAGGUCUCCCAGCUCUUGUGUCUGGAAAAUAUUAAGGACAAACCAUGGCAUAUCUGUGCAAGUGAUGCAGUGAAAGGAGAAGGUCUUCAGGAGGGUGUAGACUGGCUGCAAGAGACACACUGUGCAGAUCCCCGAGAAGAAGUGACAGCGGAUAUAAAACACAGUGGAGACUCUGAGCUCCGUGCUCAGUGUCAGAUCGUCUCGUUUAGCCAUGCGUGACAGACGUGACGCUGAUGCGGGACCCUGUAUCUUCUAAGUUCCCACUGCUUGUCACUUUCCUUCUCCCUUUGUAAAUGGCGAAUACCGUUUUUUUUCUCUCCGCUGCUGCCGUGAACAGAAGUAUAGUUUCUUUUAUGUCUAAUUUUCUAAUGUACGGUAGCCGUAUUAUAGAUGGAAAACUGAAAUUUUAAGUACCAGCCGUUCAUAUGCAGUUACAGCGUAAGGGCCGCUGGUGGUGAUUUCGAAAGUUAGUUCCCCAUUGUGCCGCUAGAUGGCAGUAACAACUUAUUUGGUAAUUCACAUUUGAAAGACGGACAACAGGUAGUUUAACAGGAGAUAAAAUGUACACAAUAUGAGUUUCUUUAUCUUCCUAAAAUUCUUUUUUCUUUGAAAUUAUUAAGUGUACUUUGUUUUCUUCACAAAUGUAUCACCCGAGUCGCAUUAGCUACAUAGUGCAUAUAGGCGCACCUAUUAUUAUGGUUGUUGUAGGCACGUUUUUACAUUGAAUAUAUUUUGUUUUGGUGUUUGUUAUUAUUAUUAUUGCUAACAGUUUUGUCAAAUCUGCUGUUCAUUUGUCCAUGAAAAAGUGCGUGUGCAUCUCUCUGUGACACACUUCAAAGAACACGAAACAGAUGUGAAGUGUGCUCAUUAGCUGAGCAAAAUCUGUGCACCAUGACUGUUCCCAUGCACCGAGGGAUCUAGAAGAAAACAUCAGAAUGACACACUUUAUUUCAAGUGAAUCCAGAUAAACAUAAAAAUACCUAGUCAUUCUCCUAUCUGACUUUAUCAACCUUUAUUCUCCUUAAACGGUCAGAUAACUUUUUUUUUUCUGCCAAAUUCCAGGUCUAUUAUUUUCUAGAAGCUGUGCCAAAAAAAGACACGCUGUUGAAAACUGUUGAUGGAUCUUGACCAAGCCUUUUCUAAGCUACAAAGAACUGCAACAUCUGUACAGGAACAUGUUAGAUCCCGUGUGCUUAUAAUUGGAACUCACUAGGCAGGCUGUCAAAAUGGUUAAAUUAGCCUAGUCGACUCGUUUGAGGUAGAAGAUAUCUAGCUUCCAUUAAAUUGGUUCGUUUAGAGAGUUGCAUUCUCUCUUUUACGGAAGAUUCUUAUUUCUCAAGGAAAUUAGUUACAUUUUGUUCAGAAUAGCCUGUUUAUACACCACCAUGCAUAAUUAAACCCUGAACUGUCACAUUUAAAGAGCAAUUAGCGACCAAAUUCUGGAGAUUAAUUCGCGGGAAUCCUGUUUCAGCAAAUAUAAAAAUGUCUAUAAAAGCUUUCAUGACCAAACUGAUACCACAAAACCGUGAAUGUUAUUAAAAUUCUUAUAAACCUUAGUCAGG